AACGACAGAGAGAAAAAGAAGGGAGGGACGGAGGGUAAGACAAACACGAGCCUGUCAGCAAGAGUGUCACUUGUUUUCAGAAGGAGCUGAGAACACCUGGAGGUUGUACCUGUACGUGUACCCUCACUAUCCCGUCUCCUUCUCUUUGGGCCCAGAAGAAGUGAAGGUGAAAAUGGUUCGGUGGUUCCACAGGGAUAUCUCUGGCUUGGAUGCUGAGUCUGUUUUGAAGAGCCGGGGCGUCCAUGGCAGCUUCCUGGCCCGACCCAGCAGGAAGAACCAGGGAGACUUCUCUCUCUCUGUCAGGGUGGGUGAGCUGGUGACCCACAUCCGUAUCCAAAACACAGGGGACUUCUACGACCUGUAUGGAGGGGAGAAGUUUGCCACGCUGUCCGAGCUGGUGGAGUACUACACUGCAGAGAACGGGAUCCUGCAGGACAAAGACGGCACCAUCAUCGAGCUCAAAUACCCCUUCAACUGCUCUGACCCCACCACCGAGAGGUGGUAUCACGGACACCUGUCAGGCCCCAACGCAGAGAAGUUGCUAUGGGAACGGGACGAGCCGGGCACCUUCCUGGUGCGGGAGUCUCUGUCCAAACCUGGAGACUUUGUUCUGUCUGUUCUGACUGAGGAGAAGAGCAAGGCAUCCAGCGGAGGGAGGAGGGUCUCACACAUAAAGAUCAUGUGCCAGAAUGACCGGUACACGGUGGGAGGCACAGAGAUGUUUGACACCCUGGCUGACCUGAUGGAGCACUACAAACGCAAAGGCAUCGAGGAGAUGUCUGGAACCUGGGUGCACCUCAAACAGCCCUACUUCUCCACCAGAGUGAACGCAGCAGACAUUGACAGCAGAGUGAGGCUGCUGGACCAGAUGGCCGAGAGAGAGAACGAGGGAGACAAGAAGAGCAAAGCAGGAUUCUGGGAGGAGUUUGAUACCCUUCAAAAGCAGGAGACAAAGGUGAAGAAGAGCAGAGAAGAAGGGAUGAGACCAGAAAACAAAAGCAAAAACCGAUAUAAGAACAUCCUUCCCUUUGAUGAGACCAGGGUCAUUCUGUCAUCUGGAGACCCCGAUAUCAUUGGCUCAGAUUACAUCAAUGGCAACUAUGUGACAAAUAAGUUACAGGAGUCUGGUGACCCGAAGGUGUACAUUGCCUGUCAGGGCUGCCUUGCAACAACCGUCAAUGAUUUCUGGCAGAUGGUGUGGCAAGAGAGGACAAGGGUCAUCGUCAUGACAACCAGGGAGGUCGAGAAGGGACGGAAUAAAUGUGUGCCAUACUGGCCAGAAAUGCAGGGCUCCAAAGAGGUGGGGCCGUAUGUGGUCACUUGGGUCUCUGAGAGAGAUGCCACUGACUACAAGAUCAGGGUUAUGGAGAUCUCCCCUCUGGAUCAGUCGGACUCGGUCCGUACUAUCUGGCACUACCAGUACCUGAGCUGGCCCGACCAUGGAGUUCCCGAGGAGCCAGGAGGGGUGCUCAGCUUCCUCACUCAGGUCAACACAAAACAGGCCGAGUUCGCCAACGCCGGGCCAAUGAUCAUCCACUGCAGUGCUGGAAUAGGCCGAACUGGCACCAUUGUGGUGAUCGACAUGAUCAUCGAGACCAUCGACACGAAAGGUCUGGACUGUGACAUAGACAUCCAGAAGAGCAUUCAGAUGGUGAGAGACCAGCGGUCAGGCAUGGUGCAGACUGAAGCCCAGUACAAGUUCAUCUACCUGGCCGUCUCUGAGUACAUAGAGGCCUCCAAGACCUACAACAAGGGAGCUGAGACAGAGUAUGGAAAUGUACAGUUCAAACACCAGCCUGCCAGCCGCAAGGUCUCCAAAAACAAGGAACAGGAAUUGUAUGAAAACCUAGCCAAAGGAAAGAAAGAUGUGAAGAAGCAGAAGUCAGAGGAGAAGAAGAGUGGCUCCGUGAGAAAAAGAUAGAGGAUGAGAGAGCUGUGUCCUGAUGAUUUAAUAUUGAAUUUGAUAUUAACUUUUUAUUUUAAAAGAUUUAUUUGAGUGUUUUUUGAUAUCAAGCGAUAAAGUUGUCUGUGAUAUAAUUAAGAUAUGGGGCGGCAGGGUAGCCCAGUGUUGGACUACCCUCGGCAGGGUAGCCGAGUGUUGGACUAGUAACUGGAAGGUUGCAAGUUCAAACACCCGAGCUGACAAGGUACAAAUCUGUCGUUCUGCCCCUGAACACACAGUUAACCCACUGUUCCUAGGCCGUCAUUGAAAAUAAGAGUUUGUUCUUAACUGACUUGCCUGGUUAAAUAAAGAUAAAAUAAAAUACAAUUAUAAUGCAAAGUACUGAUAGAUUUGGGCCGUGAACCAUGGAACCAUUCUGCAAAUGGUAAUUAAUGUAUUGACAUUUUUGCUGACAAUAAAGGCAGUAAUAUGCA